AAAAAAACUAUUUUUAAAUAAUUUACACAGGUUUCUAACUUCCUUUUAUUUCAGAAAAGAAACGAUAUUUUUUUUAAAGAAUUUUUCUAGGACAGGUGUAUUUUUAAAUCGUGUGAAACAGACUUUUAACGUCAAACGAGUUGACAGAACCUUUUAAUUUGUUAUUUUGUUUAUGUGAAUUUUUUGAAAUUAAUUACAAAAAGCUGCAAUGUGGUGUUUUAACUGACGGCAGUUGCGUGUAGACUGCAUGAAUAGCUUAUAAAAAUUGUCGUUUAUAUGUUUAACCAUUGUAGGAAAUCGGCGAGCAUCUUCGAUGCAGUCUCAACUCGAAGCGGCCCUCUUAGGGCACAGCUCUAAUGUAAAUACUUCUACCAAUGUAGAUGAUGACGAAAACAAUUUCCACGACGAUGACGGAGACGACGUUGAAGAUUAUGUUGACGAGGACUUGGAGGGCGACAAUGGCUCUCGUGGCGGAAAAUUGUCCAUGGGGACCUCGGCGACUUCUCGCACUGUAACUCUUCAAAUGCUUUUGGCUGCUGAUAUCUUACAGCCUGGUAAUGGGACUAUGACAAUAGAGUAUUUGGGACAGAGGUUUGUGGGCGAUUUGUUAGAAGACGGUAAAAUACGGAGUCAAGAGACUGACAUUGUUUUUGCGUCACCGAGCGCUUGGGCUAUAGCAUGUAAGAGGUUCAUUAAUCCGGAAAAAAAGUCGGGCUGUGGGUGGGCUUCCGUCAAAUAUCGCGGAAAGAAACUAGACGCUUACAAGAACAUAUGGUACAGAAAAAAGAAAGAGGAGAGGAAUCAGGAGUUUGACGGGACGUCUGAACUGGAGAUUUUUACACAGAAGGCAUUAAAAAACACCAUGCAGUAUCACAGGAUGAUUGUCAAACAUAACACUAUUGCCAACAGGACGUUGACUCAUGAUGCCAACACAUUGAUCGAAUGCGUUCCCUUCUCGAACAUCGGUAAAAUCCAACCAUUCCUAGUAUCAUUAUCAACAAAUGCUGCACUCUUGAUGGACUUCCAUUGCCAUUUGAUGAAGUCGGAAGUGUGUGGAUACCUCGCCGGCCAUUGGGACGUCAACAAUCAUAACUUGCAGAUAACCAGCGCUUUUCCUUGUCGGAACACGAAAUCUGAUCGUGAAAAUGCCCAAAAUGUGGAGACCGAAAUUUCCCGAGCGAUAGAAAAAGAAAAACUCACUUUAGUCGGUUGGUACCACUCACAUCCUUUCGCAGCGGCGGCGCCGACUUUAAGAGACGUCGACGCUCAGUUAGACUAUCAAAUUCGUAUGAAAGGGACUUCGGAUAAUAAUUACACACCGUGUAUUGGGAUCAUAAUAUCGCCUUAUAAUUAUGAUAACAGUUCACUGGAAUCGAGUAUAGUGGCCUACUGGGUCGUACCGCCCCCGGAAACCAAACCCAAUGAAUACGGCCGUCCCAUGCUCAUGUCCUACAGCGUGAUUCAGGAUUCGUUGAUGACCCAAAACAUCAAAGACGAGAUGAAAAAAUGCGUGGACUACUACAAGAAAGAGUCCGAUUUCGUCAAUUUCAGCGAUAGGUAUUUGAACACUAAUCUUUACAUCGACAAACUGAAAAGUACUCUAAUUUCGAAAUUUCCCCGUGAUGAGAGCGAGACAACUCUCUGGCGUUUCAUCCGCGAGAUUUUGGGCUUCCAAACCGAAGAAAACGACUGUUUGUUGAGCAUUCCAUCCAUUUCGAAAUCACAAAUGUUGCCCAGUUUAUCCUCGAAUGUGAUGCUCUCGACAGACAUUUCCAACAUUCUCUUCAAUUCUGGCAAAUUUCCAACAGCUAGUAGUCUUUUGGGCCUUCCAGAUCCAAUGGCUCAGAGCACACUAGCGGCGAAUAACAUGUUUCUCUCCACGAAUUUAUUCAAAAUGCAGGAACUACUGAAGCCGCUGUCUACCAGCAGCCCCAUUUUGACUAAAACAAAAGACCAAAAACACGCGUUGAAGAUUCCUUCAGAAAUUAAGGGCAAGUCGGAUUUUGCAGCCGAUUUACUGAAUUUGAAAAAUAAACUCGAUUUUAUCGCCCCUGAAUUGAAUUUGUCCAAAAGUGAUUUAUCGGAUUAUUCGCUUAAUUUGAGUAAAAGUGUAGAGAUGGGAGAGAGGCCCCAAAAAGUUCCAAAGAGUGACUUUAAUGUGUUUGAUUUGAGUUCGACGAAAAACUCUGAAGUGGAGGCCACUGACUUAAGGAUUUCUUCCGAACAGAAAAUGGAGACGAAUGAAGAAAAACCUCUCAAUUUGGUGGUUGAUUGAAGCUCUUUGUUUAAUAUUUGUACUAUAUUCAUUCUAGUCUAUAAAAUGAUGAAAAUUUUACUCUGGAAACCAGUGAUUUAUUGAUUAUAUGUAUAAUUUUUUUUAAUUUUAUUUAUACAAUUAGGUCCUGCAUUCCAUGUGUGUCAUGUGUAAAAUGUAUUCGUAAUAUUUACAAUAUUUUAUGUAAGUAAAUAAUUAAGUUUUUUUCUAAAAACAUGUACAUGAAUUAGCGAAAGAUUGUUUGAAUUCAAAUAAAACAAAUAUUAACA